GUUUCAGAAGGAAUUCUCAUUGGCUCACGUCUUCGUCCUACCAUCAACAUUGGAAAACUGGAACCAAAAUCGAAGGGCCUCCAACUCCUCGACCAAGUGAAUGGAAAGCUCUAUAACAUUCCUCUGAAGAUCAAUCCAGAUGGCACCUACUCAUCAGACACCCCUCUCAUGGAAGUCGGUGAGCACAAAAUGAUGCUUCUGUUCGACGAGAUUCCAGUCCAAGAGGCUACUGUAGAAGUGAAGAAGGGAACUGACGUGAGCAAAUGCCGUGCUUAUGGACCGGGUCUUGAAAGUGCAGUUGUCGGAGAGAAGGCUCAAUUCGAACUGGACUUGGAUGGUGCUGGAGAGGGAGCACUGGCGAUGGAGAUGCGUGGUCCAGCGAAAGCCGAGUCUCGAAUUCAAGACAAGGGGAACGGAAAGUGCAGUGUUGAGUACAUUACGAAGGCUCCAGGGGAGUACGAAAUGGCGAUUAAGUUCGGAAAGGAUGAGCAGAAGGAGCAUGUCAAAGGAUCCCCAUUCAAGGCGCAUGUCGACUAUAAGAAGGAUCCAUCUCAAGUGAUUAUCAAUGGAUUGGAUGAAGUCAGUUAUCGACUCAAACAACCUAUCAAUUUCAUCAUUGAUACUUCCAAGACCAAGGACUUGCCGGUCACUGCUCAUGUCGCUCCAGAAUACGCUCAGAAUCCACCAAUCGUCACGAAGUCUCCAUCCAAUCCACGUCACUAUAAUGUGCGUUUCGUGCCGACUGGAAUUGCGAAUACAUCGAUUCCAAUUCAGAUUCUGUAUGAUGGAGAGAAAGUCGGAGAGAAGAAGGUCAAGGUGCUGCCGGAGGUGGAGCCGCAACUCAUCAAAAUUCUUUACGAGAAAAAGAAGGAGUCGUUGCCAAUCACCACCUUUGCCUCGCACGAAGGACAUGUUCCAUUCGAUGUUCGCGAGUGUGGAAACGUCAAGAAGAUCGAGGCCUGUGUCUUCGGACCGGACGGAAAAGAACGUGUAAGCCAUGUACGAUCCACCGAACAAGCCGGCAUCUACGAUGUCUCAUUCCCAACCGACAUGGCUGGCGAGUACUGUGUCGUGUUCUAUUUGAACGGAGAAGAAGUGGCGAUGAAGGUGCCGGUGGUAGCUGAAAAGAUUGGAAAGAAAGAGGACGUGCUCAAGGAUGACGUCAUCUUCCAUCCAGAAGUCGCUGAAAACGCGCCAACCACGUUGACCUAUCAACAUCCAUCGGAGACGAAUAAGAAGAAGGCGAAGGCGACGCCAUCUAUCAGAGUGUUGGCUGCUCGUCCAGAUGCCGUUCGUUUGGAGCACAUCCAUGAGAUCAUUGAUAACGGACAUCGGGUCGCCGAGAGAAUUAUGUUCACUCCAACGAAGCUGGGAAAGAAUACGUUGAAUGUUUUCUAUGGAGGAGAACAAGUGGAUCAUGUGGAGUAUGAGGCUAUCGGACAGCUCGAAUUCGAGCGAAUCCAAGCGGAACGCGCCAAAGUCGUUGCGGAGCCAGAGGACGACGUCGACAAGUACGAGAAGAAGUAUCAGUUCAACAUCCGCGAUUUGGGGUGCCAAGCAAAGGAUCUUGAAGCCGUCGUCAUGCCACCAGCACAGAAGAAAGAAGUCGCCGAGAUCAUUGACAACCACGAUGGAACCAUCCUCGUGAAGUACAUACCAAAGGUCCACGGAUCCCAUGAGCUCUCGAUCCUUCAAAACGGAGCACAACUCCAAGGAACACCAAUCAAGUUCUACGUGGAUGCCUAUGGAGAUGGAUGGGCCACGGUCUAUGGACCAGGUCUUCAGAAUGCCGUUGUUGGAGAGCCAGCCACGUUCACAGUGUGCGCCAAGGGAUCUCAAGCCAAGGAGCUGUCGGUGAGCAUUGAAGGACCAGCAAAGAGUCAGAUAAAGAUCCAUGACAACAAGGAUGGCACAUGCUCGGCAGCGUGGGUUCCACCAGUGCCAGGAGAGUACAAGGUUCAUGUGAAGUUGGGAGGAAAAGCUGUCAGAGACUCACCAUUCAAAGUGUUGGUUAUGGGAGAGGGACAGAAGCGCUCUCAUCUGUCAGUUGGAUCCACAUCCGAAGUUGCUCUUCCAAUCACCCAAUCCGAAUUGAAGGGAAUUUCAGCUUCAAUCAAGUCACCAGCUGGAAUUGAGGAGCCAUGCUUCGUCCGUCUUCUUGAUGGAGGACGUCUUGGAGUCUCCUUCACUCCACGUGAAUCUGGAGAGCACUUGAUUACGGUGAAACGUGAUGGAAAGUUGGUUCCAAAGGCUCCAUUCAAGAUCAAGGUGGACAAAUCACAAGUUGGAGAUGCUUCGAAGGUCGAAGUCACUGGAGCAGGAAAGGCUAAGGGUAUUACCCUCCAGGCAAAUGAGCUGUUGGUUGACACAUCCAAGGCUGGAUAUGGAGGACUUUCUGUGUCGGUACAAGGACCAUCGAAGGCGGAGUUGACUUGCAAGGAGGUCAAGGCUGGACUCAUCAAGGUUCUCUACACUCCAACCGAGCCAGGAGUCUACGCUAUCGCCAUCAAAUUCGCUGAUCAUCACGUCAAGGACUCGCCACUCACUGUUCAAUGCACUGGAAAAUCGGCUGGACGUGUUAUCCAGACGAUCCAGAAGGGUGUCGAUCAACACGGAAUCUGUCUCCCGGACCAGGAAUCGUUGUUGUUCUUGAAGCUGUUGAACACGUCGCCAAUGGACAUCACGGCCCGUUUGAUGGAUCCAAAGGGACACACCGAUGAUAUCGAGAUGCGUGAUUUGGGACAGCAAUACUAUCAAUUGAAGUUCACACCAAAGUUGGAAGGAAUCCAUACACUUUCUGUUAUGUACAAAGAUGCUCACGUCAAUGGAUCGCCAUUCCAGUUCACUGUUGGAUCAUUCUCCGAAGGAGGAGCUCAUAAGAUCCGCGCCGCCGGUCAAGGAGUCGUCCGUGGAGAAACUGGAACUCUCAACGCCUUCAACAUCUACCAUCGUGAGGCUGGAGCCGGAGCCCUUGCUGUCUCCGUUGAGGGACCAUCCAAAGCUACCCUGGAAUUCAAGGAUCACAAGGAUGGAAACUGCCACGUUGACUACAAAGUUGCCACUCCUGGGGAGUACAUCGUCGCUGUGAAAUUCAACGACCAGCACAUCCCAGACUCGCCAUUCAAGGUGUUCGUCGCGCCAGCAACUGGAGAGGUCCGAAAACUCGAGUUGGCUCAAUUCCACGAUCAAGGAAUUCCAUCUGGAAAAGCGUUCACAUUCACAGUGCUCACUCAUCGUGCCAAGGGACAUCUCGAGGCUAAAGUGGUUGCACCGAACAACGAAGUGGACACCAUUGAUAUUGUUCCAAUUGAGGAUGGUGAGAGCUAUGCGAUGCGAUUCGUGCCAAAGGAGACUGGAAAUCAUUUCAUCCAUGUGACUCUUGACGGUGCUCCAAUGCGUGAUUCUCCAUUUAGACUUCGUGUCGGAGGAAAGGAUCUUUGUGAUCCAACUGCUAUCUUUGCUUCUGGAGAUGGUCUCGUCAAAGGAACCACCGGACAGAAGUGCGAAUUCGUUAUCAACACGGCCAACGCUGGAGCUGGAAUCCUUACCGUCCAAAUGGACGGUCCAUCGAAAGCCACGCUGGAUGCGUAUGAGCUGGAGAAGGGAUACAAAGUGAGAUACACUCCAUUGGCUCCAGGAUCCUACUUUGCAUCCGUCAAGUACAAUGGAAUUCAUGCGCCAGGAUCGCCAUUCAAGAUUCCGGUCGAAGGAAAGGAGCUCGGAGGAAAUGGAUACAACGAGACGUCGCAUGUGAAGAUCGACGCUGUCGCCAAGACUUCGAAGGGAACCGUCGCUGUUGUUCCAGAAUACGCAGGAGAUGCUGCUAAGGUCACCGCCAAAGGAGCCGGCCUCAACAAGUUCUUCCCUGGCCGACCGGCUGCAUUCCAAAUCGACACCGGAAUGGCGGGUCAGAAUCUUCUUAUGGUUGGAGUCGUGACGACCAAAGGACCAUGCGAGGAGGUUGUCGUUCGUCAUCAAGGCCAAGGACACUACGUCUGCUCCUACCGUAUCCCGGAACGAGUCAAAGGAUUCGUGUUCAUCAAGUACGGCGACAAGGAAAUCCCCGGAUCUCCAUUCGCCAUUGAGCCAUAA